AUGUCUGCUCCAUGGCCUUUCAUUACAUGGGGAAUAGAUGUUAUUGGGCCAAUAGAGCCAAAAGCAUCUAACGGUCAUCGGUUUAUUUUAGUUGCCAUCGAUUACUUUACCAAAUGGGUAGAAGUUGUCACAUUCAAAUCAGUUACCGAGAAAGCGGUGGUGGAUUUCGUUCAUUCCAACAUCAUAUGUCGUUUUGGCAUACCAAAAAUAAUUAUUACAGAUAAUGCAAUGAAUCUCAACAGCCACUUGAUGAAGGAAAUUUGUGAGCAAUUUAAAAUUGUUCAUCGUCAUUCAACCCCUUAUCGUCCCAAAGCAAAUGGGGUUGUUGAAGCUGCGAAUAAGAACAUCAAGAAGAUUCUUAGGAAAAUGGUGCAAGGAUCUAGACAGUGGCAUGAGAAAUUACCCUUCGCUCUCAUGGGAUAUCGCACGACUGUUCGUACGUCAGUCGGUGCAACUCCUUACUUAUUGGUUUAUGGAACUGAGGCUGUCAUACCUGCAGAAGUUGAAAUCCCUUCUCUUCGAACCAUUGUUGAAGCAGAAAUCGAGGAUACAAAAUGGGUUAAAUCGAAGUUAGAACAAUUAGCACCGAUAGAAGAAAAACGAUUGACAUCAAUUUGCUUUUAUCAAUUAUAUCAGCAGAGGAUGGCUCGGGCAGAUAAUAAGAAAGUACGCCCAAGGAAUUUUGAAGUGGGUCAACUUGUUGUGAAACGUAUCCUUCCCCACCAAGACGAAGCCAAGGGAAAGUUUGCUCCAAAUUGGCAAGGCCCUGAUGUUAUUAAGCAAGUGCUAUCCAAAGGAGCUUUGCAAUUGGCGGAUAUGGAGGGAAAGGCAAUUGACACAGUUGUCAAUGCAGAUUCAGUCAAGAGAUACUACAUUUAG